AUGUCACUAGGUUUGCAUUCGAACUGCGGCUCGGAGUUGAAUUCAAUUCAGCCCUGCCCCACACCGCACGUGUCCUUCGAGGUCGCGGCUUUCCAAGCAGAGCUCAAGCUCGGCGACUUCGGUUGGGCGGCCAUCGCCCCGCCGCCGGGAGAGGGGAAAAUCACGAAGCCACCGCCCACAGGCGCCGGCUCCCUGUGGUACGCGCCACCGGAGCUCAACCCGCCCGUCGAGGGCGUCGAGCCGGAGCAGCCUGCUCUGGACGACAACGGCGAGCCCAUCAGAGGCCUCAGCGACAUGUGGAGCGCCGGCGUGGUGCUGUACUUGCUGCUUGUGGGUCACAACCCCUUCAACCAGGCGCUGAAGCAGCCCUCGCAGGAGCUGCAAGACCAGGAAGUCUUGCGACUCGUUGCGCUCGGAAACUACAACCGGCGAACGGAGAGGCACCCGGCGAUUGCCUUCAGAUCCCAGUUCCGCAUAUGGCUUCAGCUCCACCCCGAUGCCCGCGACCUCAUCACCAAGCUCCUCCGCGUGCAGCCUGCGCAGAGGCUCUCUGCUACGGACGCGUUGCAGUCGGCCUUCAUCACGCGCAGAGCGGUGCUGGGCCGGGUGGCAGGCUACGGCGGCCAUUCCACGGCCAUCUCGUCAUGCAUGGAGAGUGAGCCCUCCGUCUUCUUCAGGGGUUCCGUGGCGCCCUGGGCUGGACGGGAGCGCCGGUGGGCCCGGCUCGACGGCUUUCAGCGCCUUGCCUGGCUGGCGAUGGCGCGGGCGCUGUCGGAGCCGGAGUUGGAUCGCUCCGUGGUGCAAGGCGCCAUGGAGGGCAUGGAGCACGAGCGGCAGCGCCGGUCCAGCGAACCUCGCGAGGCUGGCUACCUGUGGCAGCUGGCGCGGGAGCUGGGUACAGCUCCUGUCUUCCAGUGGCUUCAGGACGAGUUCUCCGCAGACGCCUGGCCGGAUGCGCUCCGCUUGGCCUUCGCUUUCCUGGAUGUAGACGGUGACGGGGCACUCGUGUCUUCGUGCAGUGGCGACGACUCCCUCUUCGGCGUCCUCGACGACAACGAGGACGAUGGAGCCGUGGGUGGUGAUACGGAAAUCGAGGGAGAGGAGCGCGCAGUUCGAGGGACAGGACCCGAGGAGGCCCUGGGAAUCUGGGGCGACUCCGGGGGGCCGAAGAGCCUGGGCAUGAUGACGACCAAACCCACGAGCCACGGAGGGCCCGCAAAGCCAAGUGGGCAGGAGGGAGACGAUGGACCUGGAACAUCCGCCCGGCAAGGUGGCAGCCUAGGCGCCGGAGGCGCCUUCCAGCAAGGGUACAACGAGCCCUCGCCAACUGGUGUGCUGCUGGCACCAAUGCAAGAUGGAAUUUCCGGCCUGCCGCCGGCGUGCGAUUCGGAGAAGCAAGUCACCCAGGCAAUUCAGCAGUCACUUGCGCAAGUGGGCAUGCCCGUUAGCACUGGCCCCUCGUUCGGGCCGGUGGCACUGGAGGACCCGGUGCUCCUGCAUCAAGCCCAUCGGCCGCCGCUGCUCCUGCAGCAGGACUGGGAGGCUACCAUCAUAAAGUGCCAGCAGCUUGCUGUGAAGUUCAAGGAGAACAAGGAGCCUGUGUUCCGAGCGGUAGUGCAGUGCCUCCCUUCUCAGAUCGAGACCGCCAAGCAAAGGGUCCCGGUCAAGGCUGGAAACUUUGUGCGAUUCCUUGAUGCCUUUGUCCACCAGCUCACGAGUGCUGGCCUUGAUGCUGCUCGCCCCAAGGGCCGAACUUCUGCGACGAAGGUCACCCCAAAGGAUGCCACGGUCCUUUAUGUUAAGGUGCCACAGGAAUUCGUUGGCGCCGAGAUCCGGAAAAAGUACUGUGCAGCUCCCCGGGCCCAGAUUGCAGUGUGGGCCGCAGCCCAAAGGGUCCAGUUGAUCGACACUUUCAAAUGGACCGAAGAGCUCACCCAGGGCGGCAAGCAUCAGCUUUUUGGGGUCAUUAAGGUUGCCAAGUCGACUCUACGUCAUUACUUGCACACUCUGGAGCUGGAGGAAUCUUUGUGCAAGCUCCUCGCGAGCACCCAGUCCACCGGAUUGAGCGUGCCAAGGAUGAGCCUAAUACCGUCUACCUUGCGCGGGCUAUGCGCUCAUCGGGGGCCCUUGGUCUGGCGUGCAGAGGCCAGCAGCUUGGCAGCCGACACCAUGCGGAUGCAAAAACACGUGUGCAGCGCAUAUGGAUCUUCGAAGGUGUGCCCCGAGCAGUUGAUAUGGACCAGGCUCGCAACAUCUUAUAGCCAAUUUUCAACGACGGGGCAUGCACAAGGGGCAAUGAAGUCGACCUCCUCCCGAUUGCCAUUGAGAUUGAGGACGGGGGUUGUUGCAUGGGCCAAGCUUGCGCCACCGCGGGAAGCCACGACAAAGCAACGGACCAUCCAUGGUGCGUCGGUUCCCUUCAUUGCGAAGACCAGUGCCUUGGACCCGGUUCCCGUCACCAUCUCCAUCCCGGAUGGCACUGCGCAGGAUGGGACGGCCACUGCUACGGGCGGCGGCUCUGCUGAUGCGCCCAAGGAGGCCUCUGCUCCGAAGCGACAGAAAGCCCGCCAGCGUCAGCCGCCAAAGGGCACCACUCUCGAGGCCCAGGAAAAGGAUGGGAACUGCAUGUAUCGCAGUAUGGCGACAGCUCUCAAUAAAGGGCGGAAGGAGGCUACCUUCCAUCAUUUGGAGCUCCGAGCCCGAGUUGCGACUCACAUCCAGAGCCACCCUGAGUGGUACGAGGAAGCUUGGAAGGAUGAUGGAUCCAAAGGGCCCGACGGCAAGCUUUGCCAAUUGGGAGGCUUUUGUUCAGGCUAUUGCAAAGGCCAGGUCGUUCUGGUCCCGGAAGAUGCAAACUUCCCUGUGGUUGCGUACGGGAAAAAAUGGGCUGCUUCUACCCACUGCUUCUUCUACACCACGAACCACUUCGACUACCUUGCUCCGACUGAGGACGCCUACCCCAAGGAUCUGCUUGCAGUUGACGCCGACCCUUCAGGGGGUUUCUUGGUGGGUGGCAUCUCAGAGCUGGCUACCGACUCGGCUUCAUCGGUUGGCUGUGGCACCCGAGCGGCUGACUUGCACACUGAUGCCGAGGAGCUUGGGGCCACUGACAUCGCUCCGCCCAUUGGUGUUCGACCUUUUGGUCGCCGUGUGCCGCCGCCUGAUGUUGCCUGGCAGUGCCCACUGUGCCCGACUGGCAUCACCCACGAGGAGGCCGCCAUUAUGUCGCGCAGUGUCACUUGGCACCUAAAGCUGGACCACCGCGGCUUAAAGCACCCUCGCAUCAGCCCGGAUCGUUGGAAAGCCAUUCUCAAAGCACAAAGUCGCAAGCUUGGCAAGCAGCCCCUGUUGUGUGCCAGCCGCCGCAUCCGGCAAAUGACCAAAGCCGGCAUUGCUCGGGCUCAGGCCAAACUGCCUGACCAUUGUGUUCCUUUUGUUUGGCCCACGUGCCGCCUCAUGAAUUGGAUCAAGUCCCGAAUGCGGGAUCAUUUUCAACACGAGGGCUUGGGCCCAUGGGAAGGAAGCGACAUUGACAUAGCUCCAUCGGCAGCUGAGCUUCAAAAGGCCAUGCAAAAGAUGAAGAAGAAGGCCCCCGGCCCGGACGGGUGGGAGGCCUCGGUGUUGUUGCAAUUGCCUCACUCGUGGUGGCACCUGUAUGCCAGCCUGUGGCGAGCCAUCAUCCAGCAUGGGAUCGUUCCUCCCCGGUGGCAACGAUCCACCAGUGUCCUGUUGGACAAAACUGCCAACGAAACGAGGCCGAUCGCCUUGCUAUCGGUCGCUUGGCGCGCCGGGGCCCGGGCCAUUGUGCAACGCUUGCGCCCCUGGGUGAUGGGGUGGCUCAGCCACCGAGCCGUUGCCGGUGCACCGGGCAAGUCGGCUGUCGACUUUCACAAAAGAAUCUUUGACACUUGGGUCGAUGGCACAACCAGCUUUGUGCAGCAGGACCUUCAUGCUUUCUUCGAUUCUUUGUCGACUGAGAUCGUGUGUGCCACCCUCUGCAAGCUUGGAGCGCCGAAGCAGUUGAUCACACUUGUUGGUGCUUUCUAUGCCCGGCAACUGCGACUGUUCACUGCUGACGGGUUGCCCACCGCGGCCAAGCAGCACUGUGCACUUCGGUGGAGAGGUGCUGCUCGGCCAAGGUGGGCGACCGAGUUUCGAGCGGCGCAGAAGAAGGAGGAGACCCUGGUCCGUUUUUCUUCCCGAGCAGGAAACCUGCUCGAGGCUUCUCUCCAAAGUACAGCACCGGCUGCUUCGUCAGCCGAGUGA